AAGCCUGUUAGUGUCACUGCCCAAUAAUCGAUAAGCAGCCACACACCGCGAGCACAUCCCAGGGAUUGUUGGUGACUGAUUCUGGCGCGAUGCCACAGUGGGGCGGUGGAGCUAAAUGUGCUGCUUGCGAGAGGACCGCGUACCACGCCGAGGAGAUUCAGUGCAACGGCAGAAGUUUCCACAAGACCUGCUUUCUUUGCAUGACUUGUAGGAAGGCCCUGGACAGCACCACAGUUGCUGCCCACGAAGCCGAGAUCUACUGCAAGUCUUGUUAUGGCAAGAAAUAUGGUCCGAAGGGCUACGACUAUGGUCAAGGUGCUGGUGCCCUCAGCUCCGGCCCUGAGGAAAAUCUGGGCGUCCAACAAGGGGCAAAGCCUAGUCAACCUUCAGCUCCUAACCCCUCCAAAUUUGCUCAGAAGUUUGGUGGUGCAGAGAAGUGUACACGAUGCAGUCAAUCCGUCUAUGCAGCUGAGAAGGUGAUCGGCGGAGGAAAGCUUUGGCACAAAACCUGCUUCCGAUGCGCCUUGUGUGGCAAGAGCCUGGAAUCUACGACAGUCACUGACAAAGAUGGAGAAAUCUACUGUAAAGCUUGUUAUGCGAGGAACUUUGGCCCUAAAGGACUUGGGCAUGGAAAAACAAGUGUACCGUUACCCAGCACUGAGUAAAAGAAGAUGGCCUGCAUUCCACCGCAACCCUCUCCCAGGACAAAGUACUCAUCGUCAACCACUACGCCUUUAUCUCCAGGUCCUCUAAAUGCUGAUGCAUCAUUUCAAAAGAGGCUGUGAUUAGUCAUCCAUCCCAUGACACUCGGUCACACACCUUUAAUCUGAGUAAUGAAACAUCAAAAGCAAUAAUUCACCGGCAAUGUCAGACAUCGCCCAUUAGUACUUUCACAAAUCCAUUGUAACAUAACGCUUAUUAUUCACUUUGAAGGUAGCUUUUGAUGUUUUUUUACACGCUGUUUGGAGUAAGGUAUCAUUUGUUGAAUUAAAGGGAUGCACUUAACUGGUUACCAUAUUGAUUUUUACCCCCAUUGUAAAUGUAUAAAGGCCUCUAUUACUCCACGCUUAUAGAAUUCUAAAUAAACCGAUGAUUGCUUCUGGCAAA